AGGAUGAAUAUGAACAAAUGACCAUCAAUGAAAUUAUUAAUGGCAAUGGUGACAAAUUUCCAGGGUUAAAUGUUCUAAUAUGCCGAUAUCUUGAAUCAGUAAAUAUUGAUAUCGAAACAAGAUGUCAACUAGGAAAAUAUCAAGAAUUUGUUAGCAGGCGUGCAAAAGGAAAAAUUCAAACAACGGCAACAUGGAUAAGGAAUUUUGUACAAUCACAUCCAAAAUAUAAUAAUGACUCCGUUGUUUCACAAGAAAUUAAUUAUGAUCUUGUGAAAAUGGUUGAAAAAAUACAAAAAGGCCAAGUAGUUGUACCUGAAUU